CGGCAUCAUUGUGACAAGACCAGCAUUUUGUGUACUUUGGUAACCUGGAGCAGUCUUGUCGGAGGCGAUGCAGAUCCCGACACAUACGAGGCGGCUCAGCUAUUUGUAGUCCCGUUUGAAGAAUCCAAUGGGGAGAAAGAGCCCGAAAUGCGUCGUCGAUUCCGGCUACCGCGGAAGCUCUGCUCCCAACCUCUGCUCUGCAGCCAAGCUGAGAUCCUUGCAUAUCGCACUGCAUAUCGCACAGCACUGCAUCGAGCUUGCAGCUACUCCGCAUCAAAGACGGACGGCGAAAACCACUUGAUUGCUGAGUACUGCCGCGUGCCGGAAACAACUCGCCACCUUUCUCUACCUUUGAACCAGAGGCAACGUCAGCCACCAAAAGGUUACACUUGCCCCUCACGACCUUCUAAGCCCAUGUGUUUCGUCUCAACGUUCCCCAAGCUAGUUUAG